UUACACUAACUCAGUGAAGGUAAAAACCUCCUAUGAACAACACCUUCGUUAUUUUGUAUUUGUUAUCUGUAAAAAUAUUGCGCGCGAAAAUAUUUUCGAUACAGAUUACAUUUUGAUUUAAGAUUAAGGAGGUUUUAUUCUGUUUUUUUUUUUAAGUAUGUGUUAGUGUUUAUGGACUAAUUAUUAUAUAUUUUUUUCUUAGAAGUUUUAUAUUUUUUCGUUAUAAAUUCAUUGAAAAUGAAAAUCACAAUUGUAAUAUUCUUGUUGUCUACCAUCGUACUGGCAUCUUGUCAAAGAAACGACGCCAUUUUGAGGAAUGAUUUUGACGGACCUCACGCUGAUGGCUCCUACAAAUGGGCGAUACAGACUGAAGGUGGUAUUUAUCACGAGCAGCGAGGCUCGGUGCAGGCGAACCCUGAACCCAGUCUCCUGGUGGAGGGGCAGUACCAGUACACCGCGCCAGAUGGACAGGUGAUCAACUUGCUGUACAAGGCAGACGAGAACGGCUUCCAUCCGGUGGGAGAACACCUGCCCACGCCACCCCCCAUCCCCCCUCAAAUACAGCGCGCCCUGGACUAUUUAGCGUCGUUACCACCAAGAGAUUAUAACUAGUGACUAAAGAUUGAUUAAAAUGUUAUAUAUUAAAU